AUGAAUACAAAGGGCAGUAGUGCAACUGCACUACGACGAUUAAUGACAGAGUACAAGCAAUUGACCUCAGGAGGCUCGCCCGACGGGAUGUUCACCGCAGGGCCAAUCUCAGAGUCGGACUUCUUCACUUGGGAAGCGCUUAUCUGUGGUCCAAAAGACACACCAUUUGUAGUUUAUCCGGAUGGGAACGUCUGCAUAUCGAUCCUCCACACUCCCGGGGAUGACCCUACCAUGUAUGAACAAGCAUCUGAAAGAUGGAGCCCCGUGCAGAGCGUUGAGAAGGUGAUCUUGAGUGUUAUUUCCAUGCUUGCCGAACCAAAUCUGGAGAGUGGCGCUAACAUCGACUGUUGCAAAUUGUAUCGGGAGAACAAACUAGAAUAUGAAAGGCUGGUCAGCGAGUCGAUUAGGCAACAACUAGGUGUAUGA